AUGUCUACUCGCGGCAAGCCGGUCAUUCCGGCAACACCUCGCGUCAUUUCUCCGAGCCCAACACCUUCAGAAACCCUCCUCGAUGGCUCCCAAGAUUCAUAUUUCGGGCCUGUUACCCGUUCGGCUGCGCGAAGGCGUCAAACUGGCAGCAGCAUCACACCCCAGCUGCCUAUCGAGGAAAACGUGGAUGAAGAGUCGGAUCCAGAUCUUCGGCGGGCCCGGACGCGAUCUCGAAGCCCGAUCAAGACACGCACAGUCGCGGGUCUCUCGUCCACUACGAAGCCACGAUCGAAACGGGUUGCCAAAGCCCCCGAACAAGAGCUGAACGAACAUGCCAAUGGGAUGUUCACGACAUCCAAUGGCCACCUUGCGCCGACGCCAGUAUCCCCGACGGGCUGGAACUGGCGAGACUUUAGUCGCAGCCCAAGCCCCUUGGGCUUGAUUCCAAUACACCGACACUUCAGAACGUUGGUACACAAGCAUGAGGUCCCAAGGAAGGUCCUGCACGUGUCGAUCGGUUUCCUGGUGUAUUGGCUCUACGUAACUGGUACACAGACAUCGAGGGUCACCCCUUGGCUAAUGGGAUUUCUGAUACCCAUUGCCACCACCGACUUCCUCCGGCACACAUAUGCGUCACUAAAUCGGUUUUACGUCAAGUGCCUUGGUGCCUUUAUGCGGGAAAGCGAGUAUUCUGGAUACAACGGCGUCAUUUUCUAUCUCUUGGGGGCCUGGAUCGUUCUCCAUUUCUUCCCCAAGGACGUGGCUGUUGUUUCUGUCAUGCUCCUUAGCUGGUGCGAUACUGCCGCUAGUACGUUUGGUCGACUAUACGGCAGACAUACUCCCCGAAUCAGACGAGGCAAGUCCCUUGCAGGCUCACUCGCUGCACUCCUGGUGGGUGUCAUCACGGCCGGUUGGUUCUGGGGUUGGCUCGCCCCACGAACCCCCUCUUUCCCAGGCGACGAGUUGCAUCCUUUCAUGUUCAGCGGCUCCCUGCGCUUACCUCACUUCGUCACGGGCUUGCUUGGAUUGAGCGAAGAGCAAACAACGAUUAGUGGAGUCCCCGCCUUGGGCCUGAUGAGCUUAUGGUCCGGGUUCGUUGCGGCCGGCAGCGAGGUGAUCGAUGUUUUUGGCUGGGAUGAUAAUCUCACGAUACCGGUCCUGAGCGGCAUCGGCAUAUGGGGAUUUCUCAAGAUUUUUGGUUAA